CGGCCGGGGCUCCGCGCGGGCCCAGUCAUCAAGCACCCAUCGGGCGUCUGCAGUAUCUGCACGGUCUCGCGUGGUUGUCACUCCCCUCCCCCCUCCCUCCCCUCCCCCCCCCCGGGCCUCAGCCCCCCGGGAGCCAGACGCGACUGCCCGGCGGCCCCGAGCGGCCCACGUGGGUGUAGCGGCUCGCCCGCGGAAAUCCGGUCAGUCACCGGAGGGGAGCGCCUGCCCUCGGGGAGCUUCCCGUCUAAAGUGCCCGGGGGGAGGGAGAAGAGACUCCAGAGAGCCCGGCCCGCCCCCACGCUGCCUCGCUGCGAAUGGCCCUCGGGCUUCCCGGGGAGUGAGUGACCCGCUGGCCGGCGCAGACACGCGGGCCUGCGCGACUGAAUGGGGAAUUUUCACAAUCAUUCCGGAAAAUUCAGAACCUUCUUAGAAUAAUUCAGGAAAUUGUCCUGAAAGAAAUGCCAAGGGUCAGAGGGUAAAUGUCCGGAAGAUGGUUGGGAUGAAAGUACUAUUGAGCUGUUUCUCCACGAACUUGCCAUUAUGGAUAGUAACAAUUUCCUGGGCAACUGUGGUGUGGGAGAAAGGGAAGGUAGAGUAGCGUCUGGGUUAGUUGCCCGUCGACAUUACAGGUUCAUUCAUGGGAUUGGAAGAUCAGGUGAUAUUGCUGCUGUGCAACCCAAAGCCGCAGGGUCUAGCCUUUUGAACAAAAUAGCCAAUUUAUUAGUUCUGGACAUCCUAAGGCUGGCUGGUGUUCGUUCAGUGGCUGACUGCUUUGUUGUGCCAAUGGCAACUGGUAUGAGUCUAACCCUGUGUUUCUUGACAUUACGGCACAAGAGACCAAAGGCAAAGUAUAUUAUUUGGCCACGGAUAGAUCAGAAGUCCUGCUUUAAAUCCAUGGUCACUGCAGGUUUUGAACCUGUGGUGAUAGAGAAUGUGUUAGAAGGUGAUGAGUUACGCACAGACCUGAAGGAAGUGGAAGCUAAAAUAAAGGAGCUUGGGGCUGAUAACAUUCUUUGUCUUCAUUCUACUACAUCCUGUUUUGCUCCAAGGGUGCCUGAUAAACUGGAAGAACUGGCUGUGAUCUGUGCUAAUUAUGAUAUUCCACAUAUAGUCAACAAUGCAUAUGGAGUACAAUCUUCAAAGUGUAUGCAUCUUAUACAACAGGGUGCUCGAGUAGGUAGAAUAGAUGCUUUCGUUCAGAGCUUGGACAAAAAUUUUAUGGUUCCAGUAGGUGGUGCUAUCAUUGCUGGCUUCAGUGAUGCCUUCGUUCAAGAAAUCAGCAAGAUGUAUCCAGGAAGAGCCUCAGCUUCCCCAUCUUUAGAUGUUGUUAUUACUUUACUAUCCCUGGGAUCAAAUGGCUAUAAGAAGCUAUUAAAAGAAAGAAAGGAAAUGUUUUUAUAUUUAUCCAGUGAAGUAAAAAAACUAUCAGAACUUCACAAUGAAAGACUGUUGGAUACAUCUCAUAAUCCUAUAUCUCUAGCUAUGUCCCUUACGACAUUGGAUGAGCAAACCAAUAGAGCUGUCACGCAGCUUGGUUCUAUGCUGUUUACCAGACAAGUGUCUGGAGCCAGGGUUGUGCCUCUGGGGAUUGUCCAAACUGUGAGUGGCCACACUUUCAAAGGCUUUAUGUCACAUGCAAAUAACUAUCCUUGUGCUUACCUCAAUGCUGCCUCAGCAAUUGGAAUGAAAAAACAAGAUGUAGAAUUGUUCAUAAAAAGGCUUGAUAAGUGUUUGAAGUCAGUGAGAAAAGAAAAAAGCAAAGAGAGUCAUGGUGACAGUGCAGUUGAUAAUUGUAACAUCACUGAAGAUGUGAAUAUCCAGGAGAUGGCCUUAAAUCUGGAUAAUGCAGUUGUUCUUGAUGAAGGCAACGGAGUUUAUUCCUGACAUUUGUAAUUUUUCACUUAUUGCUUGAAAAAAAUUUUAAAGAUAUAAUUCCUUUGAAAAUGGUUAAUGUACUUGAAUAGAGUGAAUUCAGUUAGCAAGUGGUUAUAUUAUUUUGGUUUGGAGCUGUUUGAUAAUUAUACCUCAAUCUUUAUAAUCUUCCACAGAAUAAAAUACACUAUAACAUUUUUCUAAUUGAAAACUAGUCAGCUAUGCACUUUUAUUCAAAUGGUCCUUACUAAUAUAAGGAUAAUAAAAUUGCCUAUAAUUCUUUUUAAAAUAUUUGAACUGUUUUUUUUUUUUUUUUUCUUGAUUGUGCUCCAUCAUUAUAUAUAUCCUCUGUUUGUCUUAUUGUGUGAUUCAUAUUUUGGUUGAUAAAUAGACAUGUCCUAAGGAAGGUUGAUUAAAAAUACUGUUUAGUUUGUUUUUAUUAAAAUAAAGAGCUUUUCAAGAAAUGGUGAAUUUUUCAAAUUUUCUGUGGUAACUUUAGCUAUCUAGUUUUGCUCUUUAAUGAAAUACUUCCCUAUGGCUUCACCGUGUGCUGAAGUGACCAACCGCAGGAUUUGAGUGAGAAUCAGGAGGCCUUUCUUUUCAUCCCAAAUUUGUCACUGUCUAAUUGUAUAAUCUUGAGCAAGUCAACCACCUUCUGGGCUUCAGUUUCUAUCUCUGCAAAGAUUGGAUGAUAUUUAAGAUCCCUUUUUAUCCUAAAAUUCACUGAUUCCAGAUUCCUUGAACCUUUAUUUUGACAUAUGAGAAGCAGAAGUGAUGGUCAACAUGAAUGGCUCCAAAAAUGCAUUUUUAUUAAAGCAAUUUUUAAAAUGCAUUUGCAUAUGCUUUCCUUGAAGCUCAUGAUGAUAUUUGAUCUUUCAUAUCUAGCUGCUGUACUGUGCUAUGCUUACAAAAUCUUUUGGGGCACAACCAACACUGGGAUUGAUUAACUGAAGCAUAAUUGGGUAUGUGCAUCUGCUGGGGUAGAAAAUGAUAUAAUGUGAAAAUAGUUGCUUCUCUUGGGAAGGUAUGCCUGAAAUUCUUUGACUUAAUAACUAUGGUAUAUGUAAGUCAUUUGGCUUAUGUUUCACAUAGAUCAAAAUGCCAGACAAACUCCCAAUUGAGAUUUGACUAUACCUUUGAUUUUAUGAUUGCAUCUUCUUUGAUUGAUUUGGCUAAUUAAACUUAUUUUAAAGAGAGAAUUUUCUGGUAUCUGGGCUUACAUGAAGCAUUAAACUUUCAUUCUGUUGUCAAACAUCAGCUACGACUUAACACCAGUUUCACUAAAUGUGAAAGGAAUAUUUUAUAAACAAAUGUAAUGAUAUUUAAAAAAUCUUGGUAGUUAUGUGCAUUCUUCUCUAAAACUCUUAAUUAGGAAAUGUUAUAUUUCAAGCAUUACAUUCAUUCCUGUGUUUUCAUUGCAAAUUAUGUUUUAAAUUUGAACAAUAUUUUUAAAAUUAAAUUUACUUUUGAAAUUUUGACUCAUUUCGUAAAAGUUGAAUAUUCAUGAAUAAAAACAUUGUGCAGUGAUCAUGUUUUUUUUUUUAAUUUUUACUAUUUGAAAUGAGAUUAUAGGACAAAUAAAAAGCCAUCCAGAUGCAACAAAAUCUCUAGAGCCUAAGAAAGGAAAUUAAGUAGUGAUGCAAAUGUAAAUGCUGGCAUUGCAGCUUAAUAUCCAUGUAAGCCAAAAUUGUUUUAUAGAAAAAGUCAUCUGUAUUGUAUGAUCAUCAUUUAGCUUAAGAAAGGGUAGAGCCCAGAGACUAGCAAAUGUUUUCAUCUGCAAUGUAUCAGCAGUUCUUAGGCUUCAGCUGCUGAACAGAUCAUAAUACUAAUUGAAGAUAAAUUACAUGAACCCACAUAUAAAUGAUAGAUAUGGUAUAACAUUUCUGUUCUUAAUGUAUAAAGUUUGAGUUGCUAUUUUUAUUAUCCCUUUGUAAAAAAGUUUUAGAUUUCUGGCCCUAAAACAUCUUUGUGAUUUGGGGCAUGUGUCUAGCCCCCCCCCCCUCCCC